AAAGUCGGUGUUGUAGAAACCUUUCCUUCCAGCUCAAUUCAAGUCCACCAACAACCAUUAACAAGUCGUCUUCUCCAAAAGCUGUGAAAGCUAACCUCCACCAAACCAGCGUCUGCAGCUCCACCCAAAGAUUCAACCUUUAAUCCUUGCUUCUCACUCCAACCCCCCACUUUCUCUCUCUAAACGCUUCACCUCCAAUACCCACAUCCCAAAUUCUUCAGUUCUCCGACCCAUCGAAGAAAAAACCAGAAUCAAUCACCUGGUUUCUUCAGAUGGGUUCGGAUUUGCCGCCCAUGAAAGCCACUCCGAUCCCCACCCACGAUGAGGACUCGCCGGACCAAUCGGAGGCGCUGCUCUCUUUCAACACAGACUCAUCCGCCUCUCCGAUCCCAUCGUCUUCCCCUUCUCACAGACACAGCACCACUGUUAUAUUCAUCUCUCUCCUCCUCACCACCUGCGUUGCUCUCUCCGCCGCUGCUGCAUUUGCCUUCCUCUUCUUCUCCAACUCACCAAAAUCCGCCCCCGUUUCCGACUCCUCGUCAGUGGAAUCCAAGGCUCGACCUUUGAGAAAGCUCGAUCAUCCGGUGGUUCUGUUGGUUUCCUCAGAUGGGUUUCGAUUCGGGUACCAAUUCAAGGCCCCGACGCCGAAUAUCCGCCGCCUCAUCGCCAAUGGGACGGAGGCGGAAGAGGGUCUGAUUCCGGUGUUUCCAACUCUAACAUUUCCUAACCAUUACUCGAUUGUCACAGGUCUUUACCCUGCUUACCAUGGCAUCGUCAACAAUCACUUUGUGGAUCCGCACACAGGGGAGUCCUUCUACAUGGGAAGCCACGAACCCAAGUGGUGGCUCGGCGAGCCGCUGUGGGAGACGGUGGUCAAUCACGGUUUGAAGGCUGCCACUUACUUCUGGCCUGGUGCUGAGGUAAAUAAAGGUUCUUGGACUUGCCCUGAUAAGCUUUGUAUGCAGUAUAAUAGCUCUGUUCCUUUCGAACAACGGGUUGAUGCCGUUGUGAAUUACUUUGAUCUGCCUAGUAGCGAAAUUCCAGUGUUUAUGACUCUGUAUUUCGAGGAUCCGGAUCAUCAGGGUCACCAUGUCGGGUCUGAUGACCCGGAGAUUACUGAAGCUGUUGCUAGAAUUGAUAAAAUGAUUGGAAGGUUGAUUGAAGGUUUAGAGAAAAGAGGGGUUUUCGAGGAUGUUACUAUAAUAAUGGUAGGUGAUCAUGGGAUGGUUGGUACAUGUGAUAAAAAGCUAAUAUUUUUAAGUGAUUUGGCCCCUUGGAUUGAAAUUUCUGAUGAUUGGGUCCAGUCACAUACUCCAUUGCUUUCCAUUCGUCCGCCUUCGGGAGUUGAUCCUGCAAAUGUUGUUGAGAAGAUGAAUGAAGGGUUGAAAUCGGGCAAGGUUGAGAAUGGGAAGAAUUUGAGAGUGUAUCUUAAGGAGGAGCUUCCUAGUCGGCUCCACUAUGCAGCGAGUGAUCGGAUUACGCCUAUAGUAGGGUUGGUUGGAGAGGGAUUUAAGGUAGAGCAAAAGAGGACAAAGCGGAGAGAGUGUGGAGGAUCACAUGGUUAUGACAAUGCUGUUUUUUCCAUGAGGACCAUAUUCGUUGGGCAUGGUCCUCAGUUUGCAAGAGGUCGCAAGGUUCCUAGUUUUGAAAAUGUCCACAUAUACAAUUUGGUCACGACGAUUCUCAAUAUUCAGGGUGCUCCUAACAAUGGAUCUCUAUCAUUUCCAAAUUCUGUUCUUUUGCCUGCUGCUUGAUGUCCACACAAAGAGAAUCCCGCUGGAGUCAGCUUAGUGAAGUUUGAGCGGUGGUUGGAGAGGUUUCGCUAUUAUGUAACCCGCAAGAUUAUGUGCUUGCGAGAUUAUGAGAUCAUGAAUAGAUUACGAUCCAGCAUAGCAGAAAGGUAGAAGUAUCAGUUAUUUCAUGAUCCCGGAGCUCACUCAUUGCGACGUGCUUAGUUUCCUUAGCCGUGAUCUGCGAGCUCACUUGUUGCGACAUCUUAGUAUCCCCGGCAAUGUCGUUCUUCUGUCUAGUCGCUUCAUGUAAUAGCAGCUGUACCAUGAACAGGAUCCACCCUCUAAAUGCUGAGUUGUAAUUUUGUACUUCUGUAAAGAGACAUCAUUGGGUAGAUGAUACUAGUAAAAAUUAGGUUCCAAUUCCUGGGGACGACAUUUCCUGGAUUGAAACUUUGUAUGUCUUUUAAACUUUUGAUUGUGAAGUCCAUUGACUUAUUUCUAUAUCAGCAUUUUAUAUUGUUUUAUUGCAAAUAAGAA